UCAAGAACAAACAAAGGCAAAGUAGUAUAAUAUGAUGGCUCUCCAUGGCAUGCCAAUUCUGUUUGCUGGAUUUGCUUUCUUUGUUUUUAAUCUUUUCUUGAUGCUUAUGUCCCAUCAAGCCUAUGGCAUUUGGGAUCCCCCUGCAGUUAUUGGUUUAUGUGAUUCAUCUGUGAGAGUUUAUGGUUACAAAUGCCAUGAGAUUAAUGUGAAAACCCAAGAUGGAUACAUACUUGGCGUGACAAGAAUACCAAAUGGGCGUAGUGCGAGUGGAGAUAAUGUUACCAGGACGCCUGUUCUAUUACAGCAUGGAGUUCUUGUGGAUGGGAUGUCAUGGCUUAUGAAUAAACCAGAACAAAAUUUACCCAUGAUUUUGGCUGAUAAAGGAUUUGACGUUUGGAUUGCUAACACCAGAGGGACCAGAUAUAGCAGACGACACACCUAUCUCCAACCCAGUCAAUCGGAAUUCUGGAAUUGGUCAUGGGAUGAAUUGGCAGCCUACGAUCUCCCAGCACUUUUUGACUAUGUGCACAACCAGACGGGGCAGAAGCUACAUUACGUGGGUCAUUCCCUGGGAACUUUGAUAGCUUUGGCAUCUUUCUCAGAAAGGUUGCUGGUGGACAAGUUGAAGUCAGCUGCCUUGUUAAGCCCAAUUGCUUACUUAAGCCACAUGAAAACUGCACUCGGUGUUGUUGCUGCUAAAGCAUUUGUUGGUGAGGUCGGUAAAAUGUUCGGCCUUAAAGAGUUCAAUCCUAAAGGGGAGGAAGCAACAAGAUUUCUUAGAUAUGUGUGUGCUCAUCCAGAAGUCGACUGCUAUGAUUUGUUAACUGCAAUUACUGGCAAGAACUGCUGCCUCAAUACUUCCACUGUAAAUCUCUUCUUGAAGAAUGAACCUCAAUCCACAGCAACCAAGAACAUGGUGCAUCUGGCUCAAACUGCUCGAGAUGGAGUUGUAGCAAAAUACAACUAUGGGAAUCCUAGCGACAAUUUGAUACAUUAUGGAACUGUCAAACCUCCAAUUUAUAAGCUAUCAGACAUCCCCCCAAAGCUUCCUCUCUUCAUCAGCUAUGGAGGACAAGAUGCUCUAUCUGAUGUCCGAGAUGUUGAGCAAUUACUUGACGAUCUCAAGCUCCAUGAUGUCCUCAAGUUCACAGUACAGUUCGUUAAGGAUUAUGCUCAUGCUGAUUUCAUCAUGGGGGUCAAUGCUGCGGAUGUUGUUUACAAUCAAGUCUAUAAAUUUUUCAUGAAUCAUCGUUUCUAAAAAUCUGGAAUCUAAACCGAUGUUUUCUUGAUAAUAAUAAAUUAUUAUAUAUCAUGAUUUUAUCCCAAAGCAAUUAACUUGGGAAAUAAUGUACACAGCUCACUGGGGCUAAUAACAGCAGUAUAUUUGAGCUGUUCAGCUGAAAUUUUUAAAAAGUAAUAUAUAUGAAGGACAAGCAGACCACUUUCAAAUUCA